AUGACCGAAACAAUUGAAUUCUAUUCCCACAAGCAGGGCCCAAACCCUUGGAAAACAGUCCUGAUUUUUGAGGAGCUCAAUAUCCCUUACAAGACAACCUAUCUCGACUUUGGUAACGCCAAAGGCGGCGUUGAGCACGCUGAAUUUCUUCACAAGAAUCCUGCGGGACGUGUGCCUCUUAUUGUCGACCCAGCAAGUGGACUCGUUCUGACAGAGUCAAAUGCGAUUGGCCAAUACCUGGCAGAUCGCUAUGACAAAAGUGGUCUCUUCGCCACUGAAGACGACUUGGAUCGAUACAGAGUCAAUCAAUGGCUAGGAUUCCAAUCAAGCUCGCAAGCACCGUUCGGUGCGCAGUCCAUUCAGCUGCGCAAUAAGGAUAAUAUCGAAGGAGCCGCUCACUUUCACGGUCUCGUCAAACGAACCCUGCGAACCUUGGAUCAAGAGCUGAAAGGCAAGAAUUAUCUUGUGGGAAACAAAAUCACUUUGGCAGACCUGGCUUUUGUUCCCUGGGAUCUGAUACUGGACUUUGUUCUACAAGGAGAUGAUGAAGCCAGUACCUCCGACCAAAGAAAGAUUUUGUUCCCAAAUUGGUAUAAUUGGCAUUCAAAACUGGUGGAGAGACCGGCGGUACAGAAAAUGAUGGCGAUGCAGAAGGCGGUGAAUACAGCAGACCAGUAG